AUGGACAAUUUCUUCACAGGGCAAAGUGCGGAUACUGUGGAAACCCCUGGAUGGUUGAAGCACGGUAUACUUCUGCGUCCAGUCAGCUGUUGUAAUCGCAGGAGCAACGCACUGCGCAUACAAAUUAAGGGAACGUGCGACUACGGUGUGGUGGAACGACAGUCAAACGAGUUACCUAGCAGAAUGUUUCCUUUGAACUUGGAAAACUUGCUGCACCACUGGGCUUUUGUAAUUUCUGUAUCCACCGUAACGGUCAUACGUGUGUUCGUAUAUAUCCCUGGCAAUAACGCCAGCGAGAUGUAUACGAGCAUGGAAAAGCGUAACCGGUUAUUUCGAACCGCGAUCCUGAUUGGAGCGCACAACUUACCCACGUUGGUUAAACAAACGUGA